AUGAACUACUUGAAUAUGAUAUUUCCAAUCCCAGACUCAUCAUUCACUCUAAAUGCUACAGUGUGCCUCACUAAUACACCGCCAGUGAAAUUCAAAGGCUGGGGCACUUCUCUGUGCUGGUGGGCUAAUGCUCUCGGUGACCCAUCCAUCACCAUCAGAGACGAUAUUGCAGAUGCUUUAUUCAGUCCGCCGCCAAGAGGUUUGGGUUUGAAUGUUGUAAGGUACAAUAUCGGUGGUGGGGAUGAUCCUGCCUGCCAUAAACGCCAAGGAGCUCAACCUCAUCACUUCCGUCAUGGCGGGGAUGUGCCGGGAUGGCUGCCACAUGAUGAUGGCAGUUGUACUCGUUUGGUCCAGUCAGGAUCCAAUCAAGGUCUGAUGGAGGGUUUGGAUACACAAGCAGAUGCCAGACAAUUGUGGUUUCUACAUGCCGCUAAAUUGCGCGGAGCUAACAUCUUUGAAGCCUUUUCCAACUCUCCCCCUUGGUGGAUGACUCAUUCUGGAUGUACUGCCGGAUGGGAUAAGGCAUGUGUGAAGACAGAGAGUAGCUCGAGCAGAUGCAGUCCAAAAAACAAUCUCAAGGAGGAAUAUGUGGAUCAGUUUGCCAUGUAUCUGGUGCGCGUCAUGGUUGCCAUCAAGCAGCUGCUGGGUAUUGAAUUCCAGACACUCAGCCCAAUGAAUGAACCUCAUCCAGACGCAUGCAACUGGCAGGCUGGAAAUAACCAAGAGGGCUGCAAUUACGAUGUGAAUAUGCAAAUGAAAAUGAUCAAAGCCACAUAUGCUGCACUCCAAAAACAUGGGCUUCAUGCCAAGAUCAGUGGAUGUGAUGAAACCGCAACUGCCGUGCAGAUUGACACAUGGGUUGCACUGGACGACGAGUCUAAGUCGUAUAUCGGGCAAAUCAACUCACAUACAUACAGUGCCAUUGACAGAGUAGUCUUGCAUCGACUGGCUAUACUAUCUCAAAAGCCAUUAUGGAUGUCAGAAAUGUGCUAUGGAGGAACAGAUGGCAAACACGAUCACCAGUCCAUGAAUACACCAUUGCAGCUUGCCGAAAGCAUUGCAUUGGAUCUAGGAACUCUUCAGCCUGAAUGCUGGGUAUAUUGGCAGGCUGUAGAGGAUGAAGCCAAUGCUAAGAAUUGUGCAGGCAAUUGGGGUGUUAUUCAUGCCGAUAUGUCUCCAACUGGCCAGUAUUCGUUGGAGCAGUCCAACUCUCACCACAGGAUCUGGGAUCGCACCAAGAAAUAUUGGGCCAUGGCACAGUUUACUCAUUUCAUUCGUCCAGGCAGUAUUUUGCUGGCAGUGAAAGAGAGCAACCAAGAGACUUGUGGCAAACUGGCUGAUGGUGUAUUUGUCACUGUCGCUUAUACUCCCAAUUCAAGCGACAACUGGGGAACUCCGCUCAACAUGAGUGGAUCUGGAUUCGAUCCAAUCUCUGGCUCAUUGGUGGUUGUGCUGAUAAACAAGACUAGUCGUGAUGUAUCUGUAGCAAUCAACUAUUCCAUGCAUGGCAUAGUAGAAUACUUGCCGGUUUGGAAUAGUUCUACACCACCAACCAUCUCCCUAUUCAGAACAUCUGCUACUGAAGAUCUCAAAAAUGUUGGUGUAUCGCCAUCACUAGUGAACUCCAUUGUGUCACCUACCGCUCCAUUGCCUGAUAUACCUGUACACCUGACACCCGAGUCCAUAACAACAAUGGUGCUACCAGGUGUUAUGAUGGCAUCCGAGACAGCCCAUGCAGUAGUCAAUCACUCUGUAUACAUGUCUAUAAGCACACAACACAUUCAAAGGCAUGUCUUCACACAGGGUGUCUACAAGAUUGUGAAUGUGUUUUCCAAGCAUUGUCUAACAAGCAGUACCAAUCCAUCUGGGCAACCAACACUUGUUCAAAGUCAAUAUCGUCAAACACCAGACCAACACUGGCGUUUUGUCGAAUCUGGCAUGUCUACCGACACAUCUCCAGUAUUCUCCAUCAUGCACUGCGGAUCUGGAAAAUUGGUAGACAUUCAUGGUUGCUGCAGAGAUAACGGUGCUAUUAUAUCGGUUUAUGGACGCAAUGGACAGUCUAACCAGCAAUGGCGGAUAAAAGCUGUUGCUGGUCGUGAUGCGUUUAUCAUUGCCUCUGCGAUGCAUAACAAGGUAAUGGAUGUUGCUGGUUGGAACAUUGGCGAUGGUGCAAAUGUAGUAAUGUGGGAUGAAAACGGAGGCGACAAUCAGUUGUGGCUUAUUGAAGCCAUUUGA